AUGAAGGCUUUGAAACUUUUUAAAGACCGAUUAUGCCCCUUUUGCCAACGCGUGUUGAUCACGGCGAAGGAAAAGCGUGUCACGUUGGAGGAGGUGGAGGUUCCUCUUGGCGAUGACAUGCCGCAGUGGUACAAGGAGCUGAACCCACGGGAGACGGUUCCAACGCUUCAGGUGGAUGGAAAAAAAUGCAUGAUCGAGUCAGAUCUCAUUUCACGGUACAUUGACCGCAUUUCUUCUCCCGCGAACGCCCUUAUGGGGUCAAGCCCCUACCAACGGCACCGCGUGGAGUUUUUUCUGGGUGAGAUCGGCGAUCUUGUCAAAGCAUAUUUUGGCCUUGUUAGGGACCCUUUCAAUGAGGAGAAGCGGAAGUCCGUGGAUAACAACACCGCAUAUAUCGAGGAUAUCAUUGCAGAACAUCAGGGGGACGGACCAUAUUUUCUUGAUGACACGUUUUCCAUGGCUGAAGUUAUGGUCGUUCCAUUUCUUGCUUGUUUCCGUCCAGUUUUAAGUUACUAUUGUGGUUAUGACAUCUUCCAUAAUGCUCCCCGUCUCAAGAAAAUGUACGUGACGUCCAUGCAGCGUACAACUGUGAAGGAAACGAUUUCAAAGCCAGAAGAAUACAUUAUUGGCUUUAAGAGUAAGGUGCCAAAAUCGCACGUCACAUGGUCAUUGGCUCCUGGCUAUGUACUUUUUGUUAACAAGUAUUCUCCAUUUUCGGAUCGCCCUCGUUUGGCAUGUGCACUGAAGAAUAUUGAUUUGCCCAUGCUUGAAAUUGAUUUGAAACAGUUGCCCCCGUGGUUCCGAUGGUUUAACCAGCGUGAAACUGUGCCAACUUUGCUUACCCCACAGGGUACCUACGUUCAUGAGUCCCAACUUAUUGUUCAUUAUCUUGAUGAUGGGUUCCCAGAGCAUGGGCCUGCGCUACUUCCCAAGGAUGCCGAUGGAUCGUACCAUGUGAGGUUUGUUGAAUCUAAUGUGGAUUACUUUAUGGAUGCCAUGUAUUCUUUCAUAAAGGAUCCAAAAAACAUGAAUGCAAAGGAAGAAUUUGAUUGGGCAGCAGGUGAGCUUGAGAAAUUAUUGGCGGAACAUCAGUUUGGGGAGGGUCCAUUUUUUGGUGGAGCCACAAUGAACGCUGCUGACGUUUCUCUUGUGCCCAUGCUGGUGCACCUGAAGGCCUGCACUCCAGAACUGACGGAAGGCCAGGAUUUGCUUGCAAAUUACAAGCUGUUGGCCGCCGCCGCGGAAGCGGGUUUGACGAGUGAGGCAGGCAAAAAGGUCUUUUUGUCACUCUCGGAAUACUCGAGUAUAUACAAGACGUUUUUGCGUCCAUCGUCUUGA